AUGAUGGAUGAAUAUACGGAUAUUAUACCAGUGAAGUACACGGUGCACAAGACAGUGACCAAGAUGUACACUAAAAAGCUGUCUUUGGAGAAGAAGAAGAACACGAUCAGUUCGGCGAGGCUGGUUCGUGUGUGUAUGACGGAUCGUGACGCAACUGAUUCAUCAAGCGACGACGAGGAAGACUUUCUGCUCCCUCGAAGAAGGGUCAAGAGAUUGAUUCACGAGAUCAGAGUCGAGCCUUGCUCCGGCAACGUCUCUUCUCCGACGAAAAGACUCGCUGUUGAUGAUUCUUCGGUUCAAAAAGUGGUCUCUGCUUCCGGUACGGUCCAGAACCAGAGGAAGUUCCGUGGCGUAAGACAACGACCGUGGGGGAAAUGGGCGGCGGAGAUUCGUGAUCCGGAGCAACGCCGGAGAAUCUGGCUCGGUACUUUUUCAACGGCGGAGGAAGCUGCCGUCGUUUACGACAACGCAGCGAUCAGACUCCGUGGUCCUGAUGCUCUCACCAACUUCUCUGUACCUCGAGAGCCAGAACAGGAACCGGAGAGCAACAUAUCGGUUUCGACAUCAGAAUUAAUGUUCGACGACUCUCAUCAUCUAUCAUCUCCUACAUCGGUUCUCAACUACCAAACACAUGUCUCCCAGUCCGAGCCAAUCCAUGAACCGGUCAAAUCGGUUAAACAAGAAUUUGCUCAACCGGAACCAAUAAGCUGGCACCUUGGACAAAGUAACAACAAUGACAACGAUUCAUUUCCGUUGGACACUCCAUUUCUCGACAAUUACUUCAAUGAAUCGUUACCGGACUCCAUCUUCGAUCAACCCAUGUCUCCUAUUCAAUCAUUCGACAAUGAUUUCUUCAGUGAUCUUAUGCUAUUUGAUACUAGUGGCAACAACACUGAGGUGAACUACUCCUCCGAUAUCAAAGACAUUGGUUUAAUGUUCAACGAUCUUGAUGAUUCUUUGAUAUCUGAUCUAUUACUUGUGUGA